UUUUUUGCGAAAUGACAGGCAAUUUUAUGAUGCUUUGAUUGUGUCAUUACCAUGGGAAAUGCAGAGACGAAGAUAAAUUUCAGAAAAGCUGUUGUUCAACUGACAUCGAAAACCCAACCUGUAGAUCCUGGCGAUGAAGAUUUCUGGAACCAGUUCUGGUGCGAGAGCAGUAUACAAUGCAUGUCCGAUGUGUUCACUUUGAUACCAGGUCCAGAAGUGCGGGCUCUAAGGGAAGAAAUCCCGUCGAAUUUAGCAACUUUAUGUUAUAAAGCUGUUGAGAAGCUAGUGCGAUCUGCUGAGUCUUCUUCAUUGUCUACUGCUGAAGAACAACACAUAGUGCUGAACUGUGCAAGAUUGCUGACACGUUUGUUGCCGUACAUUUUUGAAGACGAUGAGUGGCGCUUGUUCUUCUGGUCGAACCUUCCCCGAGAUGAGAACGGUGCAGCCAGUGAACCACCAGCUGAAGGAACUGCUUUAGCAUACAGUCUCCUUACUGCUGUGACGGAUCUGCUCUUCUGUCCGGAUUUCACUGUGCAAUCGUCCAAGAAAUCUGGACCUGAUCGACAUGAAGACCUGCAUUCCAUUGAUAGCUGCGAGUACAUUUGGGCCCCUGGUGUCGGAUUCGCAGCUACUCCGCCCAUGAAUCGUCAGCAUGACGCGAAUCGAAUGGAGCUACUCAAGUUACUUCUUGCCUGCUUCGGCGAGACUAUAGAGCCGCUGGUGGAAACUGCACUUCAGCUUCUUGUUGUGGUAUUGGAUCACGACUCGAGCUCUGGGUCUACGGAUCAGGAUGCUUCUGAUGAUACAGACGCUGAUGAGGAGAAAAUUUCUUCGCCGGACAACUUAUUCAUCAACUACUUGAGCAGGAUUCACCGAGAUGAGGAUUUUGCCUUCAUUCUGCAUGGAUUCACCAGAUUGUUGAACAAUCCUCUGCAACAAACGUAUCUGCCUAAUUCUGCGAAGAAAGUUCACUUCCAUCAGGAACUCAUGGUCUUGUUUUGGAAGUUCUGCGAAUACAACAAGAAAUUCAUGUUCUACGUGCUCAAAAGCAGCGAAGUGCUCGAUAUUUUGGUCCCUAUUUUGUAUCACUUGAAUGAUUCAAGAGCUGAUCAAGCGAGAGUAGGCCUGAUGCACAUUGGAGUCUUCAUCUUGCUCCUGCUGAGUGGAGAAAGAAACUUUGGUGUUCGAUUGAACAAGCCUUUUUCUGCAUCGGUGCCGAUGGACGUUCCCGUCUUCACGGGCACUCAUGCCGAUCUCCUCGUUAUCGUCUUCCACAAAAUCAUUACCACUGGACAUCAGAGACUGCAGCCGCUGUUUGAUUGUUUGUUGACAAUUUUAGUCAAUGUUUCGCCUUACUUGAAAACCAUGUCGAUGGUUGCGAGCACGAAAUUAUUGCAUCUGUUGGAGGCCUUUUCCACUCCGUGGUUCCUAUUCGCAGCGCCCAAUCAUCAUCAUCUAGUUUUCUUCUUACUAGAGAUAUUCAAUAACAUUAUUCAAUACCAGUUUGAUGGUAACUCAAACCUCGUUUACACGAUCAUCCGAAAACGCACUGUAUUUCAUCAGUUGGCAAAUUUGCCAACGGAUAUCCACGCGAUUUCAAAGACGCUUGCCGCAGCGGGAGCAAAAAGAGCAAGCGGCGUGAUCCCGGGCCAGAAACCAAUUCCACCUCCUGUAAAGAUUACAACUGGAGUGGAGAACGGAGAUGAAGACCAUGGUCCUGCUUCCCCUUCACCUAUGGAAGGAAGCAAACCCGCGUUACCGGCAGAGCCUGGGACUUUGAAAGCAUCCCUGGCUGCUACACCCAAGAUAGAAAAAAUGACGGAGCAGGAAAGUGCGCAUCCUUCAGAUGAAACUUUGCGGGACUUGACGAGGCUGUCAAUGUCAAAUGAUUUGGUGGACACGCUAGAUUCCACAUCUAAACAAGAUCCGACUUUGUUAGACCCCGAAACGGAGUUUUCAACACCGUCCGGAUCAGCUAUUCAACCUGUAUCUCAGUGGAAACUGGAAAUUUCGGCAGAAAAUACCGAAACGCCAGCCGAAAGCACGAAAGGAACUAGACCUGAAGUAGCGAAUUCACGUGAAUUCCGGAAUCCGUUGUCGAGAGCAGGGUCAUCAUCAUCCUCCGGGAAAAGAAGUGAAUGGGUGCCCUCACAAGCUUGGGUGUCUUCGUGGAAGCAGAAAUUACCGUUACAAACGAUCAUGAGGCUCCUGCAAGUUCUUGUACCACAAGUCGAGAAAAUCUGCAUCGAUAAGGGUCUGACGGAUGAAAGCGAAAUCUUGAGAUUUUUGCAACAUGGGACUCUAGUCGGUUUGCUUCCUGUACCACAUCCGAUUUUGAUAAGGAAAUAUCAAGCUAACGCCGGCACUACUAAUUGGUUCAGAACUUAUAUUUGGGGUAUAAUUUACUUGAGAAACACGGACCCGCCUAUUUGGUACGACACGAACUUGUUUAGAAGAAGCGCAAAUGUCGGUGUAAUCGAGCGAGAUUUUGAAUUCCCAUCUCAGCUGUUCGGUGAUGCAACUGGUGUGGAUAUGGGAACGUUUGCUGCAGUUGCCAAGCGUAAGAAUGCGGUUAGGACGCCGGGAUUGGACGUGAAGGAGUGGCUUUGUUGCCGUGAACGUCGGAUACUUGUGCAAACCGUGUCUUUUUUCGCCAGUGCCCGCGAUUCCCGCGCGUGUGGUGCCGGUGAUGAGACGUGGGGACUUCAGGACGUGCCCGUGAGUCUGUUUGAGCUUAGCUCAAGACGUGAGUCGGUCUGGUUCAUUCCCUGCUUCGUAGUCGUGGACAACAUCUGUUCCUCCGUUGUGGUGCGUCAUCGUCGUCGUCGCGGAUCCGUGGGCAGGUUUUUUAUCGCUGGCGGAUUCGUGUUUACUUGGAAAGGAACGAAGUCUGGGGUCAUUUCCCGGAAUCGGGUGUUGUGUGUGGUUGUCAUAGAAGUUUUCCAUGCCGUUCCAUUGCCGAAUGCGGCUAGGCGUUCUUCUACCAGUUUUCCUUUCUUUCGUCGACGCAGACGGAUUUGUGGGAGAACAGUGGCGUUUGGUGGGCGCACCUGCUGGAUGGCACCUGUGGGCGGCGUGAGCAGCGAGUUUUGCAAGGCACAGCACAAUGUCGGGUGCGGUUUCAUGGUGGUAACGAUCCAGUCGACCUUCGGGGCAGAGUCGGGGCGGGAGAAGCGAGAAAGCGUGAAGAUGGCGACGACCGUGUCCGUGACCGGGUCAGGGAACGUGCGCGUUUCUUCCAAGUGUGUCACGCGCCUCGAGCCGUCGCAGAUUGAAUACAAGAAGCUGCGAUUUUUGAUCACUGAUCGACCUGAUGAUGCUCACAUCCAAGCUUACAUUGAGGAACUAAGAAAGCACAACGUGCGGGACGUCGUGCGCGUAUGUGAGCCCUCGUACAAUGCCGGCUCGCUGGAGGAGGCCGGGAUCUCGGUGUUGGAUUUGGAGUUCGAGGAUGGCACGUUCCCACCGGCGAAGGUAGUGGACGCCUGGUUCGACCUGCUUAACCGGCGCUUUAGGGACGACAGUGGAAGCUGCGUGGCGGUGCAUUGCGUGGCUGGCCUCGGCCGCGCCCCGGUCCUCGUUGCUCUGGCCCUCAUCGAGCUCGGGAUGAAGUACGAAGACGCCGUGGACUUCAUUAGACAGAAGAGACGUGGAGCGAUUAAUGCCAAGCAGCUGCUGCUUCUAGAGAAGUACAGGCCAAAAUCGAAGUUGAAGCUGAAGAAUGGACAGAAGCACUCGUGCGCGAUUCAGUAUGUGUGCGACAGGUGGUGUGCGGAAGUUGUUUCCUUUAAUUUUUCCUUGCGUUAUGUUUCUUUUGUGGCGAAUCACUGGGAAUUGUAUUUGCCGAAUAAAGACAUAGUGAAUGAAAUGGCCGGGCUCGGUAGAAAGCAGUGGAAACUUCAGGAAUUCGCUGCCCAUGAUGCGAAUGUCAAUUCGGUUGCCCUCGGACGCAAGUCGGGACGCGUCCUGGUCACUGGAGGGGAUGACAAGAAGGUCAACUUGUGGGCGGUCGGCAAGCCCAAUUGUAUUAUGGCGCUGGAUGGACACACAACACCCGUGGAAUGCGUUCGUUUUAGCUCGACAGAGGAGCUAGUUUGUGCUGGAUCUCUUUCAGGAGCCAUCAAGGUGUGGGAUUUAGAGGCUGCUAAAAUCAUACGGACUCUCACUGGCCACAAGGCUAAUAUUCGAUGUGUAAUCACUUACAAGGGUCACAGCAGUUCCGUAAAUGGAGUCAAGUUCAGUCCGGAUGGUCAGUGGAUUGCGUCCGGCGGAGACGAUGCCAUUGUGAAGCUUUGGGACUUGCGAAGUGGAAAGUUGCUGAAGGAACUGCUGGGUCAUAAAGGUCCUGUAUCUUGCGUCGAGUUUCAUCCCAACGAAUUCUUGUUGGGAUCCGGUUCAAAUGAUCGAAGAGUUGUCUUCUGGGAUUUGGAGUCUUUCAAAAUGGUUUCUAUGACGGAGGCUGACUGUGGUCCUAUUAAGUGCAUUUAUUUCGAAAAUGCUGGCAGAUGCUUGUACGCUGGGUCGCAGGACACGCUUAAAGUUUAUGGCUGGGAACCUGCUCGAACCCAUGAUACCCUCCUCUUGAACUGGGGAAAGGUUCAUGAUAUCUCGUGCGCCCAGAAUCAAUUGAUUGGGGCGUCGUUCCAUUCGUCCGUGGUGUCAAUUUAUGUUGUGGAUUGGUCUUCCCGUGGCGAAGAUGCAACAGCUCGGGCAAUCCCGGCUAUCUCCAACUCACAUUCCCGCCGUUCCUUCGAUCACAACAGUCGUUUUUUGGCCAACAGAGACUCAUUGGCAUUGGUGAAGAGGAGUGAGGAUUCGGAUCCAAUGACGACCGAUCCAGAGGAUGAAUUGGGGCCCGAGUUAUUUAUAGCCAGCGAAAGCGAUUAUGAAGCCAUUUUCCAACCUCGUAGCAGAGAGCUUCGUCGGACCCCGCCGCCGUUUGAGCCGCCUGUAGCGGGUGAUGCUUCUCCUCCUCCUCCACCGACUACAGCGAAACCAGUUAGUUCACCAAGGGUGAGCCGUGAGUCUGCCAGGGGCAGGAAUGGUAUCUCAGGGACAUCGCCAACUUUGCCAGCUCCUGCCAAUCCACGCCCAAGUCAAGCCUCGUCACAUAGUAUUCGUUCAAGAUCCGAAUCCCGGUUGGAAUUCCGUAGGCGUCGUUCGCCGCCGUCCGAGAAUGAUCGAUCUUCUGCCAUCCAUGAUCCGUCUUAUUCUAAUGUAGAUGCGAAUCCUGGGAACGAAAAAGCGCCGGAGAAAUCCAGCAGCAAGUGGACAAACGCUUCCGUUCCGUCAUCACUGACCAACGAUGCCCUCGGAAUGCGUCAUUCGCCGUCGGAAUCCAGUAUUGCGCAGCUCACUGGUGGUCUCAUGUGGGCGUCUGUCGGCCAGCCAGGUCUGACGUGCCUCGGGCGCUUCAAGAGAUCAAGCACGGCAGAUCCGGUUGCCACGAAACCUGUGUAUCCUGUGGAAGCCGUCUCCCAACCAGACAAGCGUGUUGCCAUCAAUGCAGAUCACGCCUAUAAUCUCGACAUUGAAGACUUUCUUCCAAAAAAAUUGUCCAGUAUGAAUCUGAAUCUUGCUCCUGGAGCAAGCAUUUUGGCAGCUGCUGAUCUCUCCGAAGCUGAAGUCAUUUCACAUUUGGUUAAAGGACAUAACCCUGUUCUUGGAAUCCUUCAGAAUCGUCGGAAGAAUUUGAUGCUUGUAAAUUCAACCUGGAACUCCAAAGAUGUCAAGGGUGCGAUGCAGGUGGCGUCAUCACUGGAUGACAUGCCGACGAUGGUGGAUUUUUUCGGCUCUUUGAAUCUAAAAGCUUCUUCUUGGACGUUGGAUUUAUGUGUGGUGGCUCUUCCUGUUCUGCUCGAGUUGUUGGAUACCAAGUACGAAAAUUAUAUGUUGGUGGCUUGCGAUUCCAUCAAGUUGAUCGUGAAGAACUUCUCCAGUGUCAUCAAAACCAACGUUGGAACUCCGUAUCAAACCGUGGGGGUCGACAUCUCAAGAGAAGAAAGGCACAAAAAAUGUUUGGAGUGUUAUCAGAGCCUCGUGUCAAUCCGUUCGUCUGUGAUGAAAAAACAGACUCUGUCCGGAAACCUCGGUCGCACAUUCAGGGAUCUCCUUCAUCUCUUGGUGACCUACCUUGACUAGGGUGAAGGUGUAGAUGGGGCUGUGACAGUGCGUCGAAUUGGGGGUGGCACUCCACCAGGGCAUUGCGCUACUCCCGCCGACCUGCGUCUUUCUUUCGUACUGUUUGUUUAUUGUUCCAAAGCGGCUGAACUGAAGCGACCAGCCUUUUAAAAAACUAAAACGCGAGUAAUCAAUGUGGCUUUUUUUUUUAGCUUUCUCCCCCAGGUUUUUUACGAUUGAAAUGAUUUUUAAUUAAUACUGCGUGUGGAUUUUAAAUAUGCUGCCGGCUCACGAAGAAAAUAAUAAUAAGCUUGGUGUCGAGGGUUUCUGAGCAGAUUCAAGCACCUGAUGAUCGCGUAUUUUUGGUAUUCUUGGUAAGAAACGAUUUUCUUAUUUUGCCUCAGAAGCUAUCGUGAGUUGGGUUUUCCUCUCUUCAGCUGCUGUUCGUCGCAUUAUUUCGCGUGGCGAUGAUUUAUCCGUUGGAAAACUCCUCAGAGGCUUAGCUGGUCUAAUGUCUUAAUGAUCUAAGGAAAAAACCUCGGUAAGCUCGUGUUGUGGAGAAAGUGGGCACUAACACGAUGUCGAGCAAAGCUAUUUUCAAUUCAGGUAGCCAGGUGUCCCUUUUCGAAAAUACAGGGUUGUUCUCAUUUUAAUCCGUCCAAUGGGAUACGACCGACGAUAUCCUCGUGGAAAAGUUGUGAGCGUGACCCUAAAAUCAAUUUUUUCGCGGAAGCCGUAGACUAUUUUGUGUUCUGUUGCGGAUUUGUAUUGAUGGUGGCUCAAGAGACUAAGGGGUGCAAUGGCUGUCUGGCAAGUUGUGAUUCGUCUUUACUUCUGCGUAACGGGAUUUUGGUUGGGAUGCUGGAAAUCAGUUUAUUUGUGUUUAGUAUCUAGAAAAUUUGAGCUUUGGCCUUGACAAAUUUUAGAUUCGUGUUAUAAAUUCUCGCGAUUGUUUUCUUAUAUUGAAGAAUUCUUUGGUUAUGCUUAGUUUUCACUUGCAGUCAUGACGAAUUUGUACCCAUUCAUUUGAAGUUCUAGAGCUGAGAUAAUUGAGUCUUCCUCCUGUCCGUUUAGGAGCUAUUUUACAUUAGCAUCUGGAGGACUUUUUCUUUCUGGUCUAGAAAUAGUUCUGCCGAAUGUGCCGAUAUUGCAUUUCUCUUGUGUAUAACUACUGUAUUUUCGAUUUCACCCCAUACAGACACACGCCGCCAUUGUUGAUUCUCAAAAAAUUCCGAAAUGCACCGAAAAUGCUGAUGGGAAUUCGAGAUUGAUCCUGCAGAUGUGAUCAAGCGUAAUACAGUAUAUUGAUGUUAACGUGUGCCCGGCGAAACCAUUGUCAUUUUCAGGAUAUAUUUCUGAGACGCAAGAUCCUACUUUUUUCGUACGUAUGUACUAAAUGACUAGAACAUGAGCGAUUGCCCUGUUCAAGGCAGAAAUUUUGACGAACUUGCAACUUGUCGGUCAUCGUGUACCGAGUGGCUCAGGCCAAAGGAAAUAAGGUCUUGUUGAUUCUGUUGAUGUUCUUCCUGUUGCCGCGAUGUCGCCCCGUGAUUGGUACGGCUAGCAAUGAUUGACUGCGCGGCUCUCCUUUUGGAGUGUGUUUUUUAACGGAUUCAUAGAUUAAAAGCGAGGGAGUUCGUGAAAAGCCUAA